GAAAGCUCCUCUGGUAAUUGUAUAAAGGCACCCAAAAACACCCCAAGCGAUCGAUAGAGAGAGAGAGAUGGAGGGAGAAGGAAUAGAACACAGGAUGGUGGAGGUGAACGGAAUAAAGAUGCACGUGGCGGAGAAGGGAGAAGGGCCGGUGGUGCUCUUCCUCCACGGAUUCCCAGAGCUUUGGUAUUCAUGGCGCCACCAGAUACUCUCCCUCGCCGCCCGCGGUUACCGCGCCGUCGCCCCCGACCUCCGCGGCUACGGCGACACCGAAGCGCCGGCCGACGUUUCCGCCUACUCAAUCUUCCACCUCGUCGGCGACCUCGUCGCCCUCAUCGACUCUCUCGGCCAAGAGCAGGUAUGA